GACACAGGCCCCAGCCAAGCCCAAUAGAAGUGCGGGUCGACUUCAGAGCCAACCACGCAGGUCGUGGGUGGAAGACCGACAGAUUAAAAGAAGCCAGAAUUGCCCAAGCAGGGGAGCUCGCGAGAUUCGUCCAUUUUGUCGACGAGACGACUUCCGACCAAUACCACCCAUCCCGCCGCUCGAGCAGCGCAGGGUGCCGACGAAACAGGGCAUUGGAAAUCCGACGCGACUGUGCUCUGCAUUCUGCCGCCAAUUUUUUUUUUCCCGCUUGUGACGUCGAGGCCGGGUACCCCUUUUCUGCCCAAACCGACGAAUUUCCCACGACCCACGUCCCAUCAGCAUCCGAUCAGGAUAACGACACGCGGCGCCAGACCUGGCCGUCUGACUACGCCGUCCGAUCGCGAAUCGACCGAAUCCCGGUGCUGCCCGCUGGCCACGAACGGCCCCUGACAAGCCGAAGCCAGCGCGCAGACAUGGCUUUCGUCAGCACCCCGCCGCCCGCGGGGGGCCCGACGUUCUUCGGUGUCCCGAUGAAGCAGGCAUCUCUGGUCACAUUGACCUUCCAGAACUCGGCGCUCAUUCUGAUUAUGCACUACUCGCGCGUCAUGGAGCCCUCGGGCGACCACCGGUACUUUGCCUCGACCGCCGUCUUCCUCAACGAGGUCAUCAAGCUUGCGAUCGCCCUCACAUUCUCGAUACUGGAGGUUUCCGCAAGUCUGGCACCGCAGACGCCCGUGACGGUGAUCUUCGAGCAAAUAUACAAUUCCGUGUUUUCGGGAGACGGCUGGAAGCUGGCGAUUCCGGCCGUGCUCUACACGCUGGAGAACACGCUGCAGUACGUGGCGCUGAGCAACUUGGAUGCUGUGCAUUUCCAGGUUCUCUACCAACUAAAGAUCCUCACGACGGCCUUCUUCAUGGUAGUCUUGCUCGGCCGAAACCUGGGGUUCAGGCGCUGGAUGUCGCUUGUGGUGCUCACCCUGGGCGUCUCGGUCGUCUCCCUCCCCUCGUCCCAGAGGGACCCGAGCAUGGACAUUCACGACUUCAGCGACCACUUCUUCCCCCGAUCCAUGCACGAGCUCGGCCAGAUUGCAGGCGGUGUGACCAAGGUGGCUGCCGAGGUGGCGAAACGAGGGCUGGGCGGUCUUGCGGGAGAGCUGAACAAGCGGUCUGCGUCAUACCAGGGCAUCAGAGAGGACCAGAAUAUAGACCCGCCCAUGAGCUACUCAAUUGGGAUGUCUGCAGUCUUGGUCUCUGCGGUGGUGUCGGGCUUGACGGGCGUAUACUUUGAGAAGGUACUGAAAGGCUCCUCGACACCUGUUUCUGUCUGGACCAGAAACAUCCAGCUCUCCUUCUACUCGUUGUUUCCAGCGUUUUUCCUUGGCGUAGUUGUCAGAGAUGGUGUCGAGAUUGCCAAGCACGGCUUCUUCGACGGGUACAGUGGGGUUGUAUGGACUGCCAUCGUCUUCCAGGCGACGGGCGGCGUGCUCUCGUCUCUGUGCAUCAAUUACGCGGACAACAUUGCAAAGAACUUUGCUACCAGCAUCAGCAUCAUCAUCAGCUCCAUAUUCAGCGUGUUUGUCUUUGGGUUUGAGAUUACAUUCCCGUUCGUCCUCGGCGCUGGUCUUGUGAUGGCAGCAAUCUAUUUUUACAACUUGCCAGACCGGAAGCGUGGCCGCCCUCCACCCAUCAAUAUCGUUAGCUACGAAAAGACGACCAUUGACAGCACGCCGAGGUAUCUCGACGAGAACAAGCUGAACCUCAAACCCAUGGACGCGGCAGGCAGGUCCAUCAGAUCCUCGUCCUCGAGACCCGUGUCGCCAUUACAACACCACCCCAGGACCCCGUCGGCAAGAGGCAAGAGAUUCGACGAGUAAGGGCCGCGCUUCGGAUCCGCAACAAAAAAUAUACAGGUGACGAAACGCUACAGCGCACGGGCACAGUGGUUAUCCAGGCAAGCUCCUGGUGCGGCUGAGAAUGCCCGGGAGCGAAUAAUCACGCUGGGGCUGCUGGCCACAACGCGCAGAUACAUGAAUGGCAGCGCGUGGGUGCAACAGUCCCUGGCAUAAACGUGAUGGUGUAGGGUUCGGGUACAAACGCCGAGCAGGCACUUGAGUGUGGGCUACAGGUGAUUGACAACAACGACUGCCCAAGUAAUUAGGCCCGGAAUUUCUGGAUUAAAUAAGAGCAGAAAUAAAUAAUACAAGCAUCGCGCCAAGCAAAUGGUAUGGUCCCCG